AGUCUCUUCAGACGAGCUGCGUAUACUUACUGCGACAAACUGAAAGCAAGGUGUGGUCAGUUUAAAUUAGUCCAACAUGGGUUUCAGGAUGAUAUCCACGGUCAUUUCUGUUUUGCUUUUCAUCCAGUACAGCGAAGCUACUGAUGACAAAUUUUUAUCUGAUGAUGCGGUGGAAAAAAAUUCUUCACACCUCUUUACAAUGGAAGAGGAUCUGGAAGACGACGUCGAAACACCUGUUAAGAAUGAUGCAUGGGAGGACAUCGGCAAGGUCACUUCUGUCGUAACGGCAGGACUGGACGUUAUUAACAACAUACUUGAUAGUUUGCCCAAUUCCAUUACUCGCACUUGUAUUGUGACCAUACGUAACUUCAUGGAGAGAAAAUCUUUGGUGAAUCCCGUUGUAUAUACAAAGGCAUCGAGGCUGAAAGUGAUUCUACCGCGGAGAAUAGGCCCAGGGCAAGCCACUGUCCUGGAGUUUGAUCAAGCCGAAAAAGACGGAAAACCUGAAGGAUCAUUUGUGUACAAUAUCGAGGGAACAGUCUUUUUUGUUACUAUAUUAUUCCACGUGGGACCCCCAACCACCUACAACGCCAGAAUAUUUGCUUAUAGAGCCAAGUACUCGGCCAUAAAAGAAACCCUACACGACGGCAUGAAGUCCAUAUCCCCUUUAUAUCCCUUGGUAGCAGACGACACCAUUCGAUACGUCAUACGUCCAGAAUGCGGUUACAAAGUGUCUGUCGUCAUGACUGACCUCGAGAGGGCUACGAUGCAAGUUGACGUCUAUGACUGCCAUGAUAGUAUUGACAAAGCUGUCCUAGUCGUGGCCAAGCAACCCACUACUACAGAAUUCUUGGACACCCUAAACUGUAACCGUGAUGUACGAACAUGCCAAUGCUGCAAGAUCAUCUCCUACACGAAAUCUGGCUCUCGAGCCUUCUUUUCCUUUCCAGCAACAGCUUUAUAUAUGUUUUUUACAACCCUUCUUGCGAUGCUCUACUGUAUUCCACAAAAUGUUGACUUUUAAUUUGAUAGAUCCGUGUUGAUUUUCAAACUUACAAAUACAGGUACAGGCUUACAAACGCAGUACGAUUUAAUGUAAUUUUUUUCUUUGAAUGUUAUUUUCAAAAUAUACAAUGCUUUCCAUAUAGAUCUACAGUUAAAUUGAUUUGCUUCUCCAGAACAAUGGCAUGGAACAAAUUUUUUACGCUUUAGAUGUUUUAGCAAACAGUCAAAACUAAUCUCAACGAUGCAAUACGUUAUGAAGGUAAUUUUCAAAUUGCAGCAUGUUUUUUAGCUUCAUUCCUAUAUAUAUAAUAUAAUUGACUUGUUUUUCCAUAACAAUGGCAUGGAACACAUGUUUAUGCUUUUUAGACUGCUUGUAUUGCAAAAAGUAGGAACACAUUUUGACGAUGUGUUAUAAACACCACGUAAUACUGGAUCGCCUGGGUGAAAAUUUUAAAUUUUAAUAUGACAUGUACAUUUAAAAGAAAUAGAUUCAAAGAUUAUUUUAACCAAAGUGAGAUUGACAAUCUUCUAGAUCUGUUUCUCCCUCUUACUUGUUAUUUUGAUCAUUCAAUAUCAAAUGUUACAGAAUUUAAAACGUAAAUCAGUAUUUGAUAAC